CGCAGCCGGGGCCCGAGGAGGGCCAGCCCCAGCCCGGGCGAGCGCACGAGUGGGUACGGCCGCGCGGGUAGCGCCCUGAGCCUGUCCCGCGCCGCCGCCCGGCCGAUAGCACAGCGCGCGGGGAUGCCCCGGCGGCCCGGAGCACGCUGAGGCUGCAGAAAGCGCGACUGCCAGGAACUGUUGCUGCUGCCGCCACCAACCCCCAUGGCCUACAUUCCGGAUGGGGGUGCUCCUACUGCUGGGGCCAUCCCCUUGGGUUCUCAGUGCUGUGUGUGCAAAGUGGAGCUGUCAGUGAGUGGCCAGAACCUGCUGGACCGGGAUGUCACCUCCAAGUCUGACCCUUUCUGUGUCCUCUUUAUUGAAGACAACGGCAGGUGGAUGGAGUUCGACAGAACAGAAACAGCCGUCAACAACCUCAACCCAGCCUUCUCCAAGAAGUUCGUGCUGGACUACCACUUCGAGGAGGUGCAGAAGCUCAAGUUCGCCCUGUUUGACCAGGACAAGUCCAGUGCGCAGUUGGAUGAGCACGAUUUCCUGGGCCAGUUCUCCUGCAGCCUGGGCACGAUUGUCUCCAGCAAGAAGAUCACUAGGCCUCUGCUGCUGAUGAAUGACAAGCCAGCGGGGAAGGGCGUAAUCACGAUCGCAGCCCAAGAGCUGUCAGACAACCGAGUCAUCACACUGAGCCUGGCCGGCAGGAAACUGGAUAAGAAGGACCUCUUUGGGAAGUCAGACCCUUUUCUUGAGUUUUACAAGCCAGGAGAUGAUGGCAAAUGGAUGCUGGUCCAUAGGACCGAGGUGAUUAAGUACACCCUGGACCCGGUGUGGAAACCAUUCACUGUCCCGUUGGUGUCCUUGUGUGAUGGCGACCUGGAGAAGCCUAUCCAGGUUAUGUGCUACGACUAUGACAGUAAUGGAGGCCAUGACUUCAUCGGCGAGUUCCAGACCUCUGUGCUGCAGAUGAGUGAGGCUCGGGAUGGCGUCCCGCUGGAGAUAGAGUGCAUCAACCCCAAGAAGCAGAGGAAGAAGAAAAGCUACAAGAACUCGGGCAUCAUUAUUCUGAGAUCAUGCAAGAUACACCGAAACUACUCAUUCCUGGACUACAUUCUGGGAGGCUGCCAGCUCAUGUUCACCGUUGGAAUAGACUUCACAGCCUCCAAUGGGAAUCCCCUCGACCCUUCUUCUCUCCAUUAUAUCAACCCCAUGGGCACCAAUGAAUACUUGUCAGCCAUCUGGGCAGUGGGACAGAUCAUUCAGGACUACGACAGUGAUAAGAUGUUUCCUGCUCUGGGAUUUGGGGCCCAGUUACCGCCAGACUGGAAGGUGUCCCAUGAGUUCGCUAUCAACUUCAACCCCACUAACCCUUUCUGCUCAGGCGUGGAUGGCAUCGCCCAGGCGUACUCAGCCUGUCUGCCUCACAUUCGCUUCUAUGGCCCCACAAACUUCUCCCCAAUCGUCAACCAUGUGGCCCGGUUUGCAGCCCAGGCCACCCAGCAGCAGACAGCAACGCAGUACUUCAUCCUCCUCAUCAUCACGGACGGGGUCAUCAGUGACAUGGAGGAGACGCGGCACGCCGUGGUGCAGGCCUCCAAGCUGCCCAUGUCCAUCAUCAUCGUGGGCGUGGGCAACGCUGACUUUGCAGCCAUGGAGUUUCUAGACGGGGACAACCGUCGACUGCGCUCACACACAGGCGAGGAGGCGGCCCGAGACAUCGUGCAGUUCGUGCCCUUCCGAGAGUUCCGCAACGCAGCAAAAGAAACGCUGGCUAAAGCGGUGUUGGCGGAGCUGCCUCAGCAAGUAGUGCAGUAUUUCAAGCAUAAAAACCUGCCCCCCACCAACUCAGAGCCUGCCUGAGUCCAUGCCCAGCCCGCAGCAUGCCAGCUGAGCCCCCGGCCUCCCCAGGAACAUGCACGUUCACCCCGCUUCCUCGUGGGUGGCUUUUUUUUUUUUUUUAAACCAGUCCACGUUUUCAUUUUUUACAACUGGACCUCCACCCCCAACUUCCCCAGCCCAGCUGGGCUCCCUUUGUCAGAGUCAACGGAUGAUGCUUCCAGGACAAAUCGGCUUCCUCUCCCCACCCUCCUGCCACUCUAAGUAUUGAAUGUACUUUGUAUAAUUUUAGUGGAAUUAUUGUUAUUAAAGAGAAUAAAAUUUUUACAAUCAUAACUGGCUUUUUCUAAGUAACUAGCUGCAAGAAGGAAUGUAUAUCCCUUACUGCAUACUUUGUAUGGUGGUCUGCUGUUUUUAUACUGUGACUGUGUUCUAUUUGUAAAACUCAGGGUAAUAAAGGAGUUUCAGAUGUUG